UUGUCGAUCAUUGUGAACACUAUCGCUGACUCGACCAUGGUUGUACCUACAUCUAACAGUGGUGCCCGGAGUAAAACAAUGCAAAUCGCCAAGAUUCUGGCACGGCGGAAGACAGAAGAAGAGGAGGGUAAUGAUGGUGGGACCAAGCUGAAGAGAGUUCUGGGACUGGCGGACCUCACGAUGUUGGGUGUUGGCAGCACUCUGGGACUGGGAGUGUAUGUGUUAGCUGGGGCUGUAGCCAAGACUGAUGCUGGGCCUGCGGUCACAAUAUCCUUCCUCAUUGCAGCUAUAGCCUCAGCCUUUGCGGGCAUGUGCUAUGCAGAGUUCGCAGCCAGAGUGCCAAAGGCCGGCUCAGCCUACGUCUACAGCUACGUCACUGUCGGGGAGUUGGCAGCCUUCAUCAUCGGCUGGAAUCUCAUCUUAGAAUACAUUAUUGGUGCUGCCAGUGUUGCUCGAGGACUCAGCAACUACAUUGACUCCCUCUCCGGCAAGGUGAUGAGUCACGCCCUCACUGAGGCGUUGCCCAUCGGUGUCUCCUGGCUCAGCCCUUACCCCGACUUCCUCUCUUUCACCUUCAUUCUGGUUGUCUCAUUGCUGGUUGCAUGGGGAGUCAAGGAAUCUACUGUUCUCAACAACGUCUUCACGAUAGUCAACUUGUUAACUGUUGUCUUGGUAAUUGCCGUAGGAUCAUUUUACAUUGACGUCCACAACUGGACCAAACAGAGGAGCGAGAUUCCUGCUGCAGACUCUGCCGGGAACCCUAUCAAGGGAGGUGCCGGAGGAUUCAUGCCAUUCGGGGUCUCUGGAGUCAUGGCAGGGGCUGCAAAGUGCUUCUACGGUUUUGUAGGGUUCGACUGUGUGGCCACUACAGGAGAAGAAGCGAAGAACCCGAAGCGAGACAUCCCAGUCUCAAUCAUAGUCUCUCUCGUCAUCAUAUUCCUCGCUUACUUCGGCGGAGCUACAGUCAUCACGCUUAUGUGGCCUUAUUACCUACAGGAUGCUGAUGCACCUCUGCCGUACGUGUUUGGAGAAGUUGGUCUCUCGCUGGUCAAAUGGAUAGUGUCUUUGGGUGCAGUGUUCGCUCUGUGCACAAAUAUGUUGGGCUGCCUGUUCCCUAUUCCGAGGAUUCUGUAUGCCAUGGGUAACGAUAAGCUGUUGUUCCACUCUCUCGCCAAAAUCAACGCCAAGACACACACGCCUCUCUUAGCCAUUCUGCUGGGUGGUGGCUUCUCAGGUAUAAUGGCGGCAGUGUUCAACCUGGAUCAGCUGAUAGACAUGAUGUCAAUCGGAACUCUGCUGGCUUACACUAUAGUAGCCAUCUGCGUCCUGGUACUCAGGUAUCAAAAUCCAAAACCGCCCACGCCUGGGUACCAAGUGCCGACUGUAGCAAUGCUGAUAAAUGGUUCUGCACAGUCUGAGCUCAAAAGUACUGCAGCAACCUUCAAGGACAUCUUCAACCUGAGGGGAGAGAGAUAUCCUACAAGUAUAUCCGAGAGGGUCUCUUACGGGGCCCUUGCAGGUUAUGUCACCAUGGCAGCGACUCUUUGCAUAACUCUGGCCAACAUUGAGGAUGCUCUGUCCGAGGGCGCAACUUGGGCCAUAGUCGUCACUUCUGUCAUGGUCGCCUUCAUGGCUGUCACCCUCUUCAUCCUCUACAGACAGCCAAAGGCUGACACCAAUCUCACUUUCAAGGUUCCACUUCUUCCGCUACUGCCGUGUAUCAGCAUCUGCAUAAACUUCUAUCUAAUGGUGAAACUGGACAUCAUUACGUGGUUCAGGUUCUGCAUUUGGCUGUUUUUAGGAAUGCUCAUCUAUGUAUUCUACAGCAUACCGAACAGCGUGGAGGGCGCGAAGGCCAGGCUCGCUCAAGCGAAGCUGCAUGUGCCACAGAUGGUCGUCCAGUUGCCGCCAAAGCACCCAACACAUAAUGGAUCAGCGAAUCUAAGGCUGGCGACGCGCUGUGUCAAGACCCUCAUGAGGCAAAGGCCCAUCGAAGACGAAGAGGACUACGGCAUCAGACUGAAGAGAGUCUUGGGUCUAGUGGACCUUACCAUGCUGGGGAUAGGGAGCACGCUGGGUCUGGGAGCCUACGUGUUGCCGGGGGCUGUGGCCAAGUCUGACGCAGGACCUGCUGUGGUCGUCUCCUUCGUUGUGGCCGCAGUGGCUUCAGCUUUUGCAGCCAUGUGCUACGCCGAGUUCGCAGCCAGAGUUCCUAAGGCCGGCUCAGCCUACGUCUACAGCUACGUCACUGUCGGGGAGUUGGCAGCCUUCAUCAUCGGCUGGAACCUCAUCUUAGAGUAUAUUAUUGGUGCAGCCAGUGUUGCUAGAGGACUCAGCAACUACAUUGACUCGUUGUUUGGGAAGGCGAUGAGUAAAUAUCUGAUAGAAAACCUACCAAUUGGGGUGUCCUUCCUGAGUCCUUAUCCUGACUUCUUGACAUUCACCUUCGUUGUAGUCAUUGCAAUUUUGGUGGCCUGGGGUGUGAGAGAAUCAACGUUUAUGAACACUGUGUUUACCACGGUUAACCUGCUAACUCUAGUUAUUGUCAUAGCCACAGGUUCCUUCUAUGUUAAUUUUGACAACUGGUCGAUCGCCAAGGAUAAGAUUCCAAAGGAGGAUGACUACGGUAAACCUGUGAACGCAGGGGAAGGAGGGUUCAUGCCAUUCGGCGUAUCUGGUAUCAUGGCAGGGGCUGCCAGGUGCUUCUAUGGUUACGUGGGGUUCGACGCUGUUGCAACUACAGGCGAGGAAGCUAAGAGACCUAAGCGAGACAUUCCUUUGGCUUUGUUAUUUUCUGUGAUCGUGAUCACAGUAGCGUAUGUGAGCGGAGCCAGCAUUGUAACACUUAUGCUGCCCUACUACUUGCAGGACGAAGACGCUCCUCUACCCCACGUAUUCGACAGCGCGGACAUUAUUGUCGUCAAGUUCAUCGUGACGGGCGGAGCUAUUUUCGCGCUCUGCACCAACUUGGUAGGAUGUAUAUUUCCUGUGCCUCGAGUUCUCUAUGCGAUGGGCAAAGACAAAUUGCUGUUCUUCGCCUUCAGUAAACUAAACGCAAGAACUCACACUCCGUUGCUGGCGAUUCUCUCGGCGGGCUCCCUCGCAGCUAUAACUGGUUCUCUGUUCAAUUUGGAUCAGCUGAUAGACAUGAUGUCCAUCGGAACUCUGAUGGCUUACACGGUGGUCGCCAUUUGUGUCCUCAUACUCAGGUACAAGGUACCGACACGGGUCGUGAAGCAGACGGAAGACGACGCAGACGAGAACAGAUCCCAGGUCACCACAGAGUCCAGUAUUGCGAGCGGUCCUUCUUCUUCCUCUCAAAGACGAGCCUUCAGCGCCCUUGCAGUCUACUUAUCGAUGGUGUUGGCUGUGUGUAUCAUUCAGGUCAACAUGGAGGAUGAACUGGUAAAGGGAGAGUUGUUACCAGCUAUCGUACUCGCAGUGAUGAUGUGUAUCAUGGUAAUCACCGUGGGGAUACUGUGGUGUCAGCCUAGGACGCGCGAGAAACACCUCACGUUCAAGGUACCACUGUUGCCGCUGGUGCCGUGCAUCAGCAUCUUUGUCAACUUCUACCUGAUGGUCAAGCUGGACGUGCACACUUGGAUGCGAUUCAUCGUCUGGCUCAUCAUUGGGAUGAUGAUCUACAUUUGCUACGGAAUACCGAAUAGUGUCGAGGGGCAUAAGGCCAGGCUCGCCCAAGAGCAGAAAGAGGAGACCGCAGAACCUCCAGAGGAACCGACUGCUGCUUCUUGAAGAAUAUUCUAAUGUAUAGUAAUUCCUAAUAAAAUAAAGUCUAUACACAUAUGUUUUAAUA